AUGGCGCCCAUCAUGGCCUCAUCGAGGGCGUUUCUCGUCAUUUCCCUCAUUUCAGCACCGCAAGCCAUCUUCACCCUCGCCUCGGCGGGGAUCGUCGGCUAUGGGAUCGACCUGUUCCCCGACCUCUGCUGCCAAUCAUGUUACGAUUCGCUUUCCAAGCUCUCCCUCAGCUGCACGACCUUUGACAACAGCAGCUCGAUGGCCGGCAUGGACAUGAGCAUGUCCAUGUCGGUCACGAGCGACGAGUGCCGCGCCUCGAACCUCCCGUGGCUCCAGACCAUGGCCUAUUGCAUCCAGCAGCGCUGCGACGCCGUCGGCUUUCCGGCCGAGAAGCAGGAAGAAUGUUUUACCACCCGGGCCGCUGCUGGCUCCUCCCAGCCGGGCUUUCGCGCCAGCCUUCCGGCCUCACCCCCGACUGUGGAGCUUGCCGACAAUGCUACAUGGCUCAACGACACAAGUCUGGUGAACGCGGCGCUCUAUGCGUCCACCUACGGGACGUACCAGGAGUUCAACCGGGAAGAGAAGCUUCAUUCCGCCUAUUCCCUGGUUAUCGUUCUUCUCGUAAUCGGCUCGUGCACCGUCUAUGGUGCGUGGGCUCAGCUGGGCACCUCCAUUCCCAGCCUUGCCAAGCCCUUGGAGAACAGCUCCAUCGUGCCGUGGGUCCAACAGCACCUUGUCAUACCUCCAUUCCUAGGCUCCCGCCGUCUUGAGCCCCUGCCCGGCAAGCUGGGCUAUGUCCCGAGGAGGAUCCUCGGGAUCUUCAUCGCGCUCUACGUGAUCCUCAACGUCGUGCUCUGCUCCGUCUCGUUUGGCAGUUUUCAGCCCAACGUCUACUUCAUGUCGAGCGGCUUUGAGCUCUGCGAGUAUGUAGGCAACCGGACGGGGGUUCUCAGCUUUGUCAAUAUGGCCAUCGCCAUUUUGUUUGCCGGGCGAAACAACGUCUUCAUCGCCUUGACCGGGUGGAGCCAAGCCACCUUUUUGGUGUUGCACCGUUGGACGGCGCGGAUGUCUGCCGUGCAGGCCGUCGUGCACUCCAUCGCGUACACGAUAGCGUACUUUCAGCCGGGAUACAGCGGCGCGGCCGCCUAUGCUGAAAAAGCAGAUGAGGCUUUCUUUCAAUGGGGAAUCAUUGCCACAGCGGCCAUCUGCCUCGCAGCCGGCCUGGCCAUGUUGCCGUUUCGCAGGCGAUUCUACGAGACCUUUCUCGCUCUCCACAUCUCCCUGGUCGUGAUAGCCCUCCUGGGUUGUUGGUACCACAUCGUGCCGCACUUUGGCUACGACUACGGCUACCAGGUCUGGCUCUACAUCGCGUUUGCUUUUUGGUCGGCCGACAGGCUGGCCCGUUUCGUCCGGCUCGGCUUCUUCAACCGCCUCGGCCGGUCCAAAGCGAUCGCCGAGAUCGUCCCGGGCACCGACCUGAUGCACAUCACCCUCUUCCCGCGGACGGUGGCCGGUUUCGGCCCGGGACAGCACACCUUCCUCUACAUCCCGGAGCUCGGCAAGCCCUGGCAGAACCACCCCUUCACCGUUACCGGCUGGACCGCUCCGAAGCAGGCAUCGCCGAGUUCCUCCCCCGACCCGGUGCCCGUCGACGCGAGCACGGCCGAGGAGGCCAAAUCCGGAGCCAGCGCCACGACCUACAGCGACCAGAGCCCGGCCGUGCCGUCGAUCCGCGUCCUCGUCCGAAAGCACGCGGGCGCCACCGCCGCGCUGCAUCAACAUCUCUUCGCGGCUGCCGCGCCGGGGUCGGGCAUCCAGCUCUCCGUCUACAACGAGGGGCCCUACGGCGGCCACAGGGCCAACAUCAAGCCCUUCAUGGCCGCCGAGACCGUCCUGUGUAUCCUGGGCGGCAUCGGCGUCACCAGCGCGCUUGGCUUCCUGCAGUCCUUCGUCGAGAGCAGGGGCCGUGACGGUCGGGCAGCACAGGGCGACCAGACGUUGAUGAAGAAGACGACGCGGUUCGUCUUUGCUUGGUCGGCCAGGGAGGCGGGGCUGAUUCAGUAUGUCAAGGAUAACUACUUGGCUCGUGUCGACGGCGUCGAGUACAGACUAUGGUGCACCGGCUCCGUCGGAGAUGCGGAGCAGGCGAAAGCGUCGACGGAAGACGGCCCCGCUAAGCCGGAUGUGGCUUCCGAGCCUGGAAGAAUGGACAUCAAUGCAGUGCUGCAGGACAGCCUGGAGGUCGGGGUUGCCGCAACCGUCAUGUGCUGCGGGCCGGGUGGCAUGCUGGAUGAGACUACGAGACAUGUCGCUCGGUACCUGGGAGAAGGGUACAAAGUCACGUUGGUAGAGGAACUGUAUACUUGGUAG